AUGGAUGAUAAUGAAGAUUCGAACGAGGCAAUGUCACCUCCUCAUUUAGAAAAAAUGGAAUAUUCGGAGCCUCCAAAUCUACAGCAAUUACCACCAGCAACUGAGCUAUAUCUCACUCCAAAUGUUUUGUAUAACACGAAUUCUCCUGAAGACUCUCCGAAUUCUUCCGCUUUUCUGUGGGCGUCAUCUUCCUCUUCAUCAUCAUCAUCUUCUACAUCAUCGUCUUCGACAUCAUCUGAACCUUCCUCAAUUAACAACUCCCUUGUAUGGCCUUCUUCUUUGACAUCUUCCACCUUCACGUCUCCAGAAGAAUCCGUGCAGCCUCGACAGAUAGCUGUGUUCGAUAAAAGUUGGAUUCCAGAUAUUCGAAAACUUUUGCAACAUGUUUCAGAAUCGUUUCGUGAGUCGGAUGUGGCUAGUUGUUGUCAAAAUGUGUUUGUGAUUGUGCUUUCGAAUUUGUUGAAAAAUUUAGAAGUCGUGAACCAAUCCGCAGACACUGUUACUCAAUUAGUUGGUACAGCUCAAGCGAUUCAAUCGUCUCAACCAGUUGUCGAAUCAUCUGCUCCCGCGACUGCCCCAUCUGAAGAUCAAGCAAUUGCAGCGUCAUCUUCUAAUCCAGUUUCUGUGGUUCCCGUUGUCAAAUUCACAAAUCAAACAGCUCCAAAUGGGAGUACUGUAGCCACCUCAGUUGGUCAAAACGUCCGUCUUACCGUCAACGGAAAAAGAGUGGGACGUCCACCAGGAACAUUCAAAAGAGCACCAAACCACAUCGCAAGCUCGAAUAAUAACGGAGACGAUGUUGAUGUAGAGACGGCAAAUGAUCUGACUUGUCGAUGGAAGGAUUGUAUGAUGAAGUUCUCGACUCUCAAGGGCUUGGUUGAUCAUGUUCAAGAAAAGCACGUUCAAUCAACUGAACAAGAACACCAUGCAUGGCGUUGUGAAUGGGAAGGAUGUGAUCGGAAUGAGACGUUCAAAGCACUCUAUAUGCUCAUUGUGCAUGUUCGUCGUCACACGGGAGAGAAGCCGAACAAGUGUGAAUAUCCCGGGUGUGGAAAAGAAUACAGUCGUCUUGAAAAUCUCAAAACGCAUCGAAGAACUCACACCGGAGAGAAACCCUACAAAUGUGAAUUCGCUGAUUGUGAAAAAGCGUUCAGUAAUGCUUCUGAUCGCGCCAAACAUCAGAAUCGUACUCAUUCCAACUUGAAACCAUAUGCAUGUCAAAUCAUCGGCUGCCAGAAGUCGUACACUGAUCCAUCUUCACUUCGAAAGCACAUCAAAGCUGUUCAUGGUGAUGAGGAAUAUGAGAAAGCAAAAAAGUCACGUCCACCAAAUUAUUCAAAUCGUAGACGUCCUGAUCCUCGAAUGGCUCCACCAACUGGAUCCCUCUCUCAUCCAUAUCUCUCAACACCUCAUUCCAUGACUUCAAAUGCAGUUCCAGUUCACCAGAACAACUUUAUCAAUUUGGCAUUGGCUCAACAUCAUCAUCGGGCUCAACUUAUGGCGAGCAAUGGAGCGUUGAUGGAUCCAACUACGGCGGUUCAAGUAUCUCAAGCUCAUCAGGCUCAUAUGAUGCAAUCUCAUAUGAUGCAGCAAGCUCAUGUUAAUGCUGUGGCUGCUGCUCAAAUUCAAGCUCAACAUCAAGCAAUGCAGGUUCAGGCAAUGCAACAGGCUCAAGUAAUGCAACAUGCACAAGCAAUGCAACAAGCUCAAGCCAUGGUUCUCCAGAAUAACAUCCUGUCGGCACAGGGACUUCUCAAUCCAUUCACACCAAUUUCUCCAUUACUUCCACCAAGACCAACGAGUAUGAUGGCUCUUAUUCAUCAUCAACAACAACAACAACAGCAACAACAAGGACAACAAUUGACUCCGCCCACUCCAACAAUGAUGCAGUUGACUCCACAUACUCCAAUUACUCCAAUCACUCCAAUCACUCCGAUGGGAUCGAAUGGUCCAAUGUUCACUAUGCCUAACCUAGUGGUUCAGCCUCCUAUUCGGGAACCAAUUCGAGUUGAUACUGUCGCUCCGCCCACUGGUGUUCAUCCGACGAAUCAAUCAGCACGACCAAAUUUCCCAUCUAUCCCUCAACAGAUUCAUUUGCAUAACGCAAAUGUCGCAACGGCUGAAGAAGAUGAUGAAAUGUCAGAAGAUGAUGAAGAAUCUCUUCAACCUGCUCAGGCAAUCCCUGCUUCCCGUCCCAGAGACGGAUCAGAUGACGGGAACAGUGGUUCCGGUGCUGGUUCUUCUCGUUCUAGUGUUUCGAGUGGAAGUGGAACUUUGGAAAUGGCUGGAAGAGCAACUCAGAGUGAAAGCAGAAGCAGCGGAUCUGGUGAACGUGGAAUGAGAAGUUUCUUAAUUGCUGAUAUCCUUCAACUCGCCAGUGAAUUCGGAAAUGAUCGUAUCAUUUCAGACGCUCUCAAUCUCUCCAUCUUCGAAACUCGUGAUAUCAACACCGUCUGGCAUAUAUAUAGUCUAUUCGACAAUGCUUGCUCCCGAAUGGAUCAUUUUGAAACAGGAAAACGUCUUCCAACUUGGCAAGAAGUUCGAGUUCUUCAUUCUUAUUACCAUAGUCCACAUUACAAUCGUAAUCUUUUCCACGAUUCCCCAGCUGCCCGUACUCGUGAAACUCUUUUCUGGCGCGCGAUCAACUCUGCAAAUAGCCGCAGAGAACAUCAAAUUCAAUCGAUUUCACUUAACUCUGAAGUUGAUGAAGGAUUUGAAGAAUAUGCUCUUCGAGCAGCUCGUGACGGUAGACGUGCUACUUCGAAUAAUCAAAGUGCUGCUGUUAGAGUUGGAGCUCAAGAAUCUGAAGAUGAAGAUGAUGGUUUUGGUGAUUCAGAUGAUGACCUCCCAGGUCUCGGAUUGGGAGGUUUGGAUGUUAUUGUUCGAAGAAGACGUCGAAUUGUCCGUCGUCAAGCUUUGAAACAAGCUUAUAUGGAGAUUGAUGAAAGCAAUACCGACAACCAGUUUGGAGUUGUUGGAGGAGGAUUCGGUGGCGAAAACAAUGAAAAUGGAGACGACCGAAGCUAUGAUAGCUUUGUUCAUACACCUCGAAUCGAUGAUUCAGAUAUCAAUUUUAUAAAGUUAUUCAAGAGAGCCGAGUCUGAUCUUGCUGAGAAAGCAGCAAAGUUGCCAAAAAUUACUGAAAUGGUUCCAAUAGAUCAAGUUCAGACAUCUCAGCAAAUCCAACCAGAACCAAUCAACCCUCCAGCUGCCUGCCGAUCGAGCACAACUCCUUUCAGCGUUCACAGAUUGUUGGUCGAAGAACCGGAAUUUCGUCAAAGUCUUCUCCGUUUCGUAACAAUUCAUGUUGACAACGAUGAGAUUAAAAAUAACGUCUCAUCGGAUGAGUUCUACAAAUUGCCAUCAGACGAGAGACGGAUGAUUGAAGAAGCUAUGUCAGCUAUGGAUGGUAUGGAGUCGGCUGAAGCUGCCCAGAAUCAAGCUGUGAUUGAAGAACCACAAGAAUCGCUGUUCGCAGAAGACCAAGAAUCAUCAUCUAAUGUUCCAAGUGACUAUUCCAUUCCUUCCAAUCCACGUCGUCGCUCCAGUGAUUCGGAGCAUUCAGAAGUCGUCCCAGAGAAGAAACAACGCAAACAUUAA